AUGUUGAAAAAUACAGAUUACCAAAUUACACCCUUUGAUCGCAACGAUCAAAAUGCAGGCGAAGUCAUAGUCAAACCGGAGAGUGCUGCCAGUCAAAUAAGGAUACUUAAGUCGAAGGAUCCAUCAGACAGCAAGAUUAUGAAGUCCAAAGAUUCAGAUGUCCCAGCACACCUGAAGAAGUCCAAGACGAGUGAAACGGACAAACCUAACGAGACAAAACCUAUCAGGACAAAGAUAGUCCAGAGUCCAAAUGAUAUGUCUGACGUGCUGUUUGUACUGACAGAGGGUCCGUCACAGUUAGAUCGCUUUCCAAGAUGUCAUGAGUAUUUGAAAGAACGUAAAAGUCUAUUGAAGAACGUACGUGUAGCUAAUACAGAGGCAGACGAAUUCGCAAUCUUUCCGGCGGGCAGGAACGUAGUCGUUCCAAAUAUGCUAUCUAAAAAACAUAACUCCAAGGUUUUGAGCGAGGGGCACGAUCGUCUAUGGACACUACUUGGCGCAAUGCCGGGUCUAGACGAGUAUAUAAGAGAUGAGCAAUCGAGAAAUAUCCAUCGAGCCUGGGUAUUUAUCGUGAAGGAUAGCAGGACAACCAUCCACUAUUCUAAGAUGCAAAACUUUAUCUCCAACUUGGACCAAGAAAAAACAAAUAGUUUCAUCGGUAGAGGUCUGAAGGACAAUCUGGAUACCGGUAUGAAGAUCAUUCACCACUACGACAACAGUCAGAUGGUCUGGCCAGAUAUCCAGGCGGGUGUUCUUAUGUCGACUGAUUUGGUACAGAAGCUGGCAGAAAAGAUACGAACGGCCCCACCCAAAAUGGCGUUUACGAUUGAUGCACCCUAUGAAUUGGCAAGAUUUCUGCGAGAGGAGCUGAAUGUUGACCUUCAGAGUUCUGAAGUUUUCUGCUAUCCUGACGAAGCCGAUGCGACCGGAAAUCCCUCUGGCUCACGGGACAGUGUAUCCGAAGAUGCAAUUAUGUACGCGGUCAAGACCCACACAGCCAAUCAUUACACGCGGGUCGAAACCAUCAAGAAGACUUGGGUUCAGGAUGCCAAACACAUCACCUUCUAUAGCGACCAGGCCGAUGAGAAAGUGCCCACAAAGGAGACUAAAGGUGUACCAAACACUAAAAGAGGCCACUGCGGAAAGCUAGAGUACAUUCUCAGAGACUUGUGGGAGAACCGAGCGGACUUCAAGUGGUUUGCCGUGGUCGACGAUGACACGUCGAUCAGUCCCAAGCGACUCGCACGACUGUUGCACAAGUACACCACGACAGGCAGUGAAAGCGUGAUUAUUGGAGAGAAGUACGGGUUCAUGUUCAACCAGCCUCAGUACGGCUACGAAUACCCAACACUUGGCUGUGGAAUGGCCAUCUCCAGAGAAGCCCUCCGCUUUCUGGUGGAAGACUCUCAAUGCGCAUGCCCGGCCGUGGACUCCCCGGACGAUAUGUGGAUUGGCAGUUGCUUGCGCCAUCACAGUGGCAAGGUACAGCUUAUAGGGCACCCAGGGUUUCACCAGGAACACCCCACCCAAUACCAUCCUCGUGUGCUAGCACGGAGUGAUGCGGUUGCCUUUCAUAGGGCAAAGGCAGAUGAUGCCGAGAUGAUAUACACCACUUACUUGGGGGGCGGGCAGUAGCUAUGCUGUCGAGGCGCUCGACAUGAUAUACUAUUGCCCCUUAUAGUUCCUCAC